AUGGACUCGCAGCUGUAUGCGCCCUCGCCAAGCGUUGAGAGUUUACAGGAGAUAGCCGAGGCGAUGGGCGCAGCUGGCUUCGAGCACUACACGGAAGGCAAGGCGCUAGUCAAGAGGCUCAUACCUGCGAACAGUCAACCUGAUCUGGACGUCGUUGAGUACCAAGGAGUAAUCGGCCGAGCUGGUGUUGACUUCCCAGCAUACCCAAACAUCCCGGCGACGGGCUUCAACUGCAAAAAUGUGCCUACAGGAUAUUAUGCUGACUUGGAAACUGAUUGUCAGGUAUUCCACAUAUGCGACACAUCUCGUAAGAUCUCGUUCUUAUGUCCCAACGGCACCAUCUUCAGCCAGUCGCACCUAAUAUGUGACUGGUGGUUCAAGGUGGACUGCGCCUCAGCUCCUGCCCUCUAUGAGUCCAGCGCUGAAUACUACUCCAAUGCACAGAAAAAGAGUCAGAAGUCCACACAGAUCUUAAGCAAGAACCAGGAUCUGCAACAACUUGGUGCAGAAACUAAUAUUAGGGCAGAAACUAGGCGCACACCCGUCAACAUACCAAGCACAACCGAACGUUUUCUAAGAAACAGACAGAGACAGACUGAGAUCCCAAAAGCAACAGCAAAAACGUAUCAAACAUUGUUUCCGGACAGCUUCAGUCCUACACAGAGAACAGCUGCUACAGCCGCAUUUGAACAGAGAAGAAAGAAUUUGGUACAACUGAUUAAUACUAACUUUGGUAAUGCUAGAACGUCGACUACUCCCCAGACGUACAAGGACAAUCAAGCAUACAGAAACUCAGCAGCCGCAUCAGACUACCAUAUUAAAGAAAUGCAAGUAGCGGCAGAAACCGCAUCAUUCGCAAAUAACAAUAACAGGCAAUUUCUUCAAGACUUAAACAGUAAAAACUACCGUCCCUACCCAGUUUUCAACCCGACUGUAACAGUUAAACCUAAACCUAAAAACAACCCUAAUUUGACAACGCUCUAUGACAUUCGUGAUAAACAGACAAACAAAGCAACAAAUCCUCUUGAAGCUACCACGACCAAAAGGCCAACCUUACUACCAUACACCAAGAGCGAAUUUACUGUAAGACAGGAACCUUACACUAGGCCCGGUAUAUCUCUUUUGAAAACCUACCUCCAAAAAGAAAAGAAUAAGACAACUUUGGCCUCAACGGAGUCAGCCCAAGUAACCGCACAAAAGAACAAUCAACCUCAAAGAGAUACCAAAAUUCUUACUGAAACUAAAAGCAAUUUCGAGACAGCUACGAAAAUACCUCACACGGCAAGAUUUGACAUUCAUACACAAGCAGAAUCAUCUGAUAGACAUGACAUAUUUUCAACCACUAAACAGGUCAAAUCUACUACAGAAUUAUCAUACAAAGAACGCCGCGAAAGACUCAUGAAGAAACUAAACUUGGAUAAAUAUAUACCAACAGGUACUGAACUUGCAGCUGACAAAAGUAAUGGAGAUCAGACUAACAGGCCAUCUUUAACACCUAAUACGCUGCACAGUUUGGCAAUAUACUAUGCUACUGCUUUAGAUAAUUUAUCCACCACAACGAAUCCAGAGGAAACUGAAACUGCAACACCCGCUUUUGACGAAUAUGAGACUAUGGAAGAAGCACUACCAGCGUUGUUCAGCCGUCAAACUAUCAAUAAAUACAGCAGUCUCUUCCAUAACCAAUCACCUAGCGCAGAACUGCUUGAAGAAAUGAAAGCAGAUCCUAAUGGAACUUACAACGAAUUAGUUGAUGAUCUUGCAGUUCAACAGAGUCAAAACCCCAUUGCCACUUCACCACAAAUACGUGAACUGGCUCAAGUCUUUACACAUGCCUUAUCUGCAUACCUCCAAGACCCGGUGCAAUUCCGAAAGGUUCUUUCGGAUAUUAGACCUACACAUCCAUCUUUUGGUGACCUUUUGAGCACCACUGAAGAAUAUACCAACACUGAACCGACAACCACGGUGAACGAAGAAGACGAUGAAAUAUUAGGAUUCUCCGAUGAAAACAAAGAUGAGCAUGUUUUGACUGCAAGGGAACCAAAGGCCUUAGGUAUCCCCACUGUUUUCCCAGUUACCUAUGAAUCUUCUACUACAGUUAGACCAGUAACUGAACCCGUGUCUGCCGCAUAUAUGUCAUCAACAACACCCAGAAAUCCAUUCAGAUGCUGCGGCAAGAUUUCAGCCUCAUACACUUCGGCCGCUCCUACCUCCUCGACACCAUCAUAUACGAGCACUGCCGCAGCCAACGCCAAUAUAGUUCCUCAUGACUCAGCAUUGACGACAAAGAGUGACUAUUCUCCGAAUAAAUUCGGGGGCUUCCAAAACAAUGCUCUAACCCUCAAUGACAAGCCCUACGGCGAUAAUAGUGCUACAGAAGGCAAACCUUUGAGUGACUAUGUCGAAGCUACAAACUUACCCACUGCUUGGGGCGUUGAUGCUUCUGUGUCAACAGUUGGUGGUUUUGAAAGCAAACGAAUUAGGACGACAACCGCAAUGCCUACUACUACUGCAAUAUACUUCACCGAGACGGAAAGUGUAGAAUCGGAAAAUGAAGAAGAAUUACAAAGAGCUCACAGUCAAUCAUUCAAAGCUCCCGAAAGUAACAGUAUUCGUCAUGGCAAACAGCUCGGUUUUACUUCUGAAGCCCUCAAAAAACCAGCUGAAGACCUUGAAGCUCCAACUUUAGCAGACGAAGCCAUAACUACGAUACAAACAACACAACAGCCAACUACGGAUUCUUUAACUACCACAGCAAUACCUGAUAUUGUUUUUACUUCCCCAGACAGCGAUAAGACAACAAGCCAAUUUACGUGGUCCAGUACUUACGGUACGUGGCAAAGUACGGUCAUUGACCCAAUUACAUUAAACGAGGGCUUAAGCCCAACAGCGCCAGACCUAAAUCAAGGAUUAUCGGAAAACACUUAUGUUCCCAAUACUGCAACAACGCCUAGUGAUUAUUUCGCCACAGAACAGACCGUUUCGCCCACAACUGUUGAAGUGAGCAUACCAGAUAAAAAUAACGUAACUGCGAGGAUUGGAAGACUACUCAAAGAUUCUUCGACUGAACCAGCUCAAGAUCUUACAACAAUCACAGACACUGUGGUGGAAAAGGCUAAAGAAAUCAUGAAUGUCACAACAGCGGAGAAGCUAAUGAAUGUUAUGAAAAAAACCAAAUCAAAGACAGUCAAGAGAUUAAUAUUAUUAUUGAUUCAAACUUGCGAUGAUGAUCACAACUCAACCGCGGAGGCAUCGAAAAAAGCUUUACUUGAAGCUCUAAUGGCUGUCUCUCAGAAAGAUAUGGAAGAUAUGGUUAAAGACCAAGAAAUUACUGAAUCGCCUACAGCAGAAGUUGAUAGGUCUACAACAUUUAGGAGAAUAGAAAGAGUAGAAAGACCACGAGGAGAUAGAAGAGGCAAGAACCUUAACUUUGAUCCAAGCGCUGUUAAUUCUUUAUCUAACACUAAUACUGCGAUUACUGACGGUAUUAAGACAACAAUAGAGGAUAUUGAACCUACAGCAACAACCUUCAAUCCCCAAAGAACUACUCCGACUCGAAGGGGUAUUAAAAGGUUUCAUUCUAAAGCAACAACGGUAGAACCCACAAGUACCAAGACUAGUUUCGUCGAAGUGCCUAAGGCAGAGCAUGUUGAAGACACUCCGAAGGCAGAAGCAAGAGUCUCAGAGUCCAGUGAUUUAAAAACUGCCGCUGACACAAGAGCUUUGGAGUUAUUGAGAUCACUUUACACCAUCGCAGCAAGAUGGGGUUGA